CGAGCAGCUGCUGCUGAGUGAGUUCCGGACUCAGUGCUAAAAAUAUCCCAUGACCCAGACAGGAAGGGCCACCGGGGACACAGCUGCUCCUGGGGGCACUGGCUGGAGCUGUGGUGAGACCCACCCACAGCAGUUGGGGGCGUGGUCCAUGUGCUGGGAAGGGGUGGGCACUGAGCUCACAGCCCCUGAGGAAAGGCCCAGCGAGGGGUGCCACAUGUUAUCCACAGGAAGACACAGCGCCUCCAGCACUCACCUUGUUUCUGCUUCUUGCCAGCUGUUACCACGGGCACGUGCUGCCUUCGGAAUAAAAUACAUCUAAAAAUUGAGUGUGGGGGGCCCUAACAGAAGCCCGGGCGCGCUGCACCUCGGAUGAGGAUUGGCCGAAGACAGGAAGGCGGGGUUUGGAGGCAGGUUAAGAGCGCUCGGCGGUCGGACCGCGAGUUCCUGAGAAGGUUCAAUGGCGUGGCAGGGGAUGGCGACCGAAUUCCUGCAGGUGCCGGCGGUGACGCGGACCUACACCGCAGCCUGCGUCCUCACCACCGCCGCCGUGCAGCUGGAGCUCCUCAGCCCCUUCCAGCUCUACUUCAAUCCGCACCUCGUGUUCCGGAAGUUCCAGGUCUGGAGGCUCGUCACCAACUUCCUCUUCUUCGGGCCCCUGGGAUUCAGCUUCUUCUUCAACAUGCUCUUCGUGUUUCGCUACUGCCGUCUGCUGGAGGAGGGUUCCUUCCGCGGCCGCACGGCCGACUUCGUCUUCAUGUUUCUCUUCGGGGGUGUCCUUAUGAUCCUGCUGGGGCUCCUGGGCAGCCUCUUCUUCCUGGGCCAGGCCCUCACAGCUAUGCUGGUAUACGUAUGGAGCCGCCGCAGCCCCCGGGUGAGGGUCAACUUCUUCGGCCUCCUCACUUUCCAGGCGCCAUUCCUGCCCUGGGCGCUCAUGGGCUUCUCAAUGCUGCUGGGCAACUCAAUCCUCGUGGACCUCCUGGGGAUUGUUGUGGGCCACAUCUACUACUUCCUGGAGGAUGUCUUCCCCAACCAGCCUGGUGGCAAGAGGCUGCUGCUGACCCCUGGCUUCCUGAAGCUGCUACUGGAUGCCCCAGAGGAGGACCCCAAUUACCUGCCCCUCCCCGAGGAGCAGCCAGGACCCCUGCAGCAGUGACCCCACCCAAGGCCAGGGCCAGCCCCAGGGGCCCAUCUUCGCAGCCUCCGGCAGGCCUGCAUUCCCCCCGCAACCCCGGCUUGUAGCACAGCUACCUGUCCUGGAGGCUGGGCCAUGCCCAGGGCACACCCGAAUAAACAAUGACCUGCAUCCUCCUCACAGACAGCACUGGCCCUCCUGCCUCAGCCGGCCACACAUAUCCAUGCAGGGUAGGUGCUGCUGGCCUUGACCAAGGGCCACCAAGCCUGACCUGCUCUCUCAGACCAAGAGCAGGUGGUAGGAUGGGAGGCCCAGAGAGGGUCCAGAACCUACCCACAAUUGCCCAGCAGAGCUUUGAGCUCUCAUCCCCACCCUGACUGUGCCUCAAUUCAGCCUUCAGUGAGGGGUGUAAGAUCUUGGUGGCGGGGCCAGGACUGGGCUAGCCGGUCAUGCUGCGCCCAGUCUGUGGUGGCUGCUAUCCGAGGGGCCCUCAGGCUGACGCCUCCCUAGGCCCCUCCUGUCCCUCACCAGCAACCCACAAGGGGAGCUUUGCCUCAUUUUCCAGCUAAGCAGCUAAAGGACUGGCUAAGUACCCACGGGGCCAGGUGCAGAAAGGGGGCAGGCCCUUUCUGUGACCCCAAAGCCUUAAGUGUCACCUUAGCAGAGUCCAACGGCUGAGGCAGAGACCUCUGGGAAGCUCUGCCCCUGCCAUUUUCAGUUGAGGACGCGGAAGCCUCCUCUGGCCCACAGCUCACUUGCAUCAGAUGACCAGUCCACAUGGUUUAUUCCUGGAUCAUCACCAGCACGAGGGCUCCUCCAGCCACCGGCUGUCGCGUUCACAGAUGACAGAAGUAUUCGCCAUGGAAUUGGACCUUGACGUAGUGAAACCUUUGGAGCAGCAGUGGGCUCUGCGGUGGGCAGGCAGCAUGUGAAGGCCCCUCCCCGGGCCUCUCCCAGGCAGGUGGCCAGCCUGGCCAGUGGGCUGAGGCAGGCAGGGUGUGUCCCACCUACUAGCUGGGGGCUUGGGCCACCUCCUGCUGGCCUGAACACACACCUCAGCAGUGGAGCCCACUUGUCUCCAAAGCCAGCUGGGCCUGGAGCCUUCCUCUGUUCAGGGCCUUCCAGUGAAGCCUAGCUGUCUCCUUGCUUGGGGUCCAGCUAGUUCCACUCCUAGAUGAAGGGCAGUGGCCGGAGUACAAAUUCCUAGGACGUGCUCACGAGGCCCCCCACCACCCCCGCCCCAGCCCAGACGCCAGGCCCAUCUCACCCCACAUCCCACAGCGAGAACGCUCAGAGCUCUGCCCCUGCCCAGUGUGGGGCUUGGUCUGGGUGCCAGGUGCCAUGGGGCCCCAGCCAUGCUCUGGGGAGCAGAGCAGUCCUGACCCUCAGCCCUGCCAGCAACUGAAGGUGCCGGGUCUGGGCCCAUGGUCUUCAGUUAGACUGUAGCUGUGCCUGGAUCACCCUGCAGUGCCUGGCCCAGUAAGGAGGCCCCCAUGUGCCACCCUCCUGGGUCCCACAUCCCAGGCAGAGUGGGGACCCUUCCACAUUACAGAAGAGGAUGCAGAGCUGCAUCACUCUAUGAGUUGGCGCCACGUUGGGUGUACUGCUCCACACUCUUCUGUUACUCCUCACAACCGGUGGGGAGGGAGGGGCUGGCCCGGCCACAGCAUCAGCUGGGGGUGGAGAUGGGCCCCAGUCCACCUGUUAUGUGUGAGGUGCUAGGAGGUGUGGCAAGAGCAGUGCACACCUGCUGGAGCUGAACAGCUGGGCACGGGCACCCGGGCUGGCAACACACCCUCAACAACCGCACAAGACAGGGCCUCUCCAAGGACCAGAGAAGCAUGCUCCUGGCUGGGGGCGGGGCUGUGGCUGAUAGGGCAAGCAGCCCUGCCUGCUGAGCCUCACCACCUUCUCAUACCUCUGGGACUGCAAGGACUUGCCGAGCAUAGGUGGGUGGGAUGCCGGGGCCAAGGGGAAUCAAAACUGCUCUGAGUCACGGGCCUUGCAGGGCUGAGAAUAGAG